UCACGUCCUCGUUUAAAGCGAAAAUCCAGUUGAACUUUCUUGUUUUGAACAGGUUUUCUUCGUUAACGCAACUCUAAAACUCCGCCGAACUGUCAGGCAGCUUGACCUAAAGAAAGGGAACCAUGCUCCGCUGCAGGAGGUGUCGGAAAGGCGUCAUAGACUCAGCAUGUUUGACCAUGGUUGAGGCCACAGAUGAAAGCUCAGCUGCUGUUUGCAGCAUUUGGCAUGUGAAUGUUGACACGCUACCAGAGUGGAUACUGACCUCAGUUCACCAGGCCCAGUGGACUCUGGGAAAACUCAACUGCCAGAACUGCGGAGCUCGUUUGGGCGGCUUCAACUUCAUUAACUACAGUAAGUGUCCCUGUGGCCGGGACGCCGCCGUCCACCUUAACAAAAGCCGAGUGGAUCACGACAACAAGCACUACGUUCUCAUCGUCCAGCCGAGGAGGACGAGGCCUGAGAGGGGACAUGCUGGUCCGCCAACAGGAGUUACCCAGAACAGCGAGGAGAGGCCUCAGUUAAACAGGACUGCACUGGAGAGUUUACAGCUUAACUGUGCCGCCGUCAUGUCCCACAUCAGCCCUGCAGAGACGUCGAAUUCCCUGACUGACAGUGAAAACACCCAGUCGUUUCCUUUCAGUCCUCUCUACUGCAUCUCUCACAGGAGAAGGUGCAGUUUGGAAGAUGACGCCACCUUCGGGUCUUCAUGUUUUUGCCCCUCGGGUCUUAUGGUCAAGCCUGCUGUUGAUUUGACAAGGGCAGGGACAGAUGUGUCUGCACGGUCACCUGUCUCAUAUCCCACAGGCGAGCGGUUGGACCGGGCGGUUGUUUCUGUGGGGAGUCGUUUACCUCUGGAUCAACAGCUGCUGCAAACUGUGGAAGAUGUCCAGUCUUCUGUAGAGACCAGAGCCGUCCACGAGGAGGUUUCUGAUUCAACCCUUUUCCUCAGAGGAAGAACCGUCUCUGACAGUGUCGCUGAGCAGGAAGGGGAGAUGGUGCCUCAGGCCUCUAUGGCCUCCCCAGCCUCAAACAGCCUGAGCAAAAGAGAGAAGAACCGUCUGAAGGGUCUCCGGAGGAAACAGAGGAGGAGAGAGCGAUGGCUGCACAGUCAGGUGGAGCAGGAGCAGGCUGAGAGUGUGAGCGGCUCACUGUUGGACAGUGAGGAGGAGGACAGAGAGGGCCUCACCUGCGCCGUGUGUCUUGACGUCUACUUCAGUCCGCACAGCUGUCAGCCCUGCGGUCAUGUCUUCUGCGAGCCGUGUCUUCGCACGCUUGCUAAGAACCGACCGACGAACACGCCGUGCCCCCUCUGCCGCACUCUCAUCUCACACACCAGCUUCCACAAAGAGCUCAACCAGACUGCAAAGACCUUCUUCCCAAAAGUCCACUCUGCCCGCAAGCAGAACUUCCAGAACGCCCUGUGUGCAAAAUGGCCUCUGCCCAGCUGUCGCAAACGCUUCCGCACCUUCUGGGGCUAUCAGAGACAGGCAGCAACAGCAAGGACACGCUGGCACUUCACCCAUGUAGGCUUCACGCUGGACGCUUUUGAUCUCACCGACAUGCGCGGCUGGCUCUUCGACAUCGGCCUGGUCAUCGUCUACAUCCACUCCGUCAACUGGAUCCUGGCUUUCCUGUUCCUCUGUUUCCUCAUGUACUACUUCUUCUUUUGAGAAACGGAGAAGCACUCGAGAGUGUAGGACGCAGGUUCAUCUGUCUUUUUUUUCUUUAAGGAGAAAUGCAUUUUCCCGGUUUCACAAGUUAGAGAGUGUCGCUUCCAACCUGUUAUUUCAGUGUUCAAAGGUGACAGAAAGAGCCGAGGUGAUCGAGACGUUCACGGACACGAGAGGUUGGAUUCAGGAAAUCAGCAGGUUUGAAAUUUCCUCAUAUGUUUGGAAAAGUUUACAUGACGGUUUAACAGAUUACAAACUAAUGACGACCUGAACAGAGCUGCUUUCGUUUGUGUUUUUGUGCCUGUGUUACGUACCAAUGAUUUAAGUGCAAUAAUUCCCUCUGAGGUAUCCUAUGAUACACAAAAUAUGGACAAGACCUUUGUGCUGUAUCCUCUGUUUAUCACACUAAAAAAAACAAAAAACACACACUGUAAUUUAAGACUUUUGUUUUUGAAAUGUAAAGAAAUAGUUCAUCAUUUUGGAGAAACAGCUGCUCACUAUGUCCAAAGUUAAAAAAAAGAAAUAUACAAAAGUUAAACAAGUUACAGUGUUAGUGAGCCUUAAAGGUGUUGGUAGAUGCUUAUUUUAGUUUGAGACAGAGCCGGUCCACCUGUUUCCCCCUGCUUUCAGUCUCUAUGCUAAGUUAGGCUAAACACCUCCUGACAUAUGAUUUAUAAGAAUCUUCUCAUCUAAAUCUCUUAAAGAAAGCAAAUGAGUUUAUUUCCCAAAAUGUCGAACUAUUAUACUAAUUAUCCCUUUAGCAAACUGGCACUUUACUGGGAAAAAAAUCAAAACAGAACAAGGGAGUCAGCAUUAAAAAAACACAAAAUGUUUAAAAAUCACAGUGAGAUUCAUCAAACUCUUGUACUUUACCUCCAGUGUCAUUGGCAGAAGUGCAGUCUGGGUAUUUUGUUGAGUGAAGUUCAGUAAAAUUAUGGACACUUUAUAAUUUGCUCAAGUUUGAAGUGAGAAGCAGUGAGAGUGGUGGUGCUGCCUCCACGUGUACAUGUUGUUUUAUUUACAAAGCAGAAGGGUACUCAGGAACCAAGCAUCUAAUAAGAGAGCAGCAGUUAUUGAUUGAUUUGACUGAUGAAUGGAUUGAUGGAUUGAUUGAUUGAUUGAUUGAUUGAAGGACUGACAGUAGCAGGAGCAGAAGGAGCGGACAGAAAAUCAGAUUUGCAAAUGAGUAAAAGGCCCAUUUCAGUACGGUGCCUUUGUUUAGUCUGUGUCUUCUGUCUUCAGCAGGUAACGUGAGACUGGAACCAAUCAGCUUUAUGUCUCUGUCUCUCUGGGACAGUUUACACUGUGUUUAUAUGAAACCAGAGGAGAAUUUAAAUCAUAUAAAGCUUUGAGUGAAUUGGGUCUUUUUCUUUAAGGAAAAGGUUUAAAAGCAUUCAUCAGCAUUCAUAUUGUGUUAAUAGUUUAUUAUCUUACUGAAAUUAAACUAUAAAGUCAAUCAGGUGUGUCAUUUGAGUUUGCGCCUAUGUUUUUUUUUUUUUCUUUUUUUUUUAACAUAUAAGGUCGUAUUUAGUAUUUUGAUCUUGAGGAGAGUGAAAACAAUAGUAAGAAUAAAUCUUUUGUUUUAGUUGUUUUAUUAAACCUUAAGAUUCUGCUUGUU